AUGAUGAAGACCAUGGGGGUAGUUGGACGGUUGUUUGUCAUGCUGUUGUUUCUUCAGCCGGAAAUCAACACCUUCCAUGUUCCAUUAAAUUCCAUGGUGCAUUACAAGAGCACGAGGGUCAAAGUGUUCAAGGAUACGCAUCAUCGUCAGCAGCAUAGACGAGCAUCGAUUCUCUUCUCUCAUGGCCUGCUGCCAUGUAUGCCUUCGGAAAGGCGAAUCUGCAGCAGGACCCUCUACAGCAUGGUGGAUGAGGGUUGUCCUCGAUCGGAGGCCUCUUUUCGCAGGGAUCCAGCCCAGUCACACGGUUAUAUCCCGCCAAAGAAUCAGGACAAGUCCUCCUCCCCCUCGUCCUCGUCCUCGUCCUCGUCCUCGUCCUCGUCCUCGUCCUUCUCCUCCUCCCCCCCCCCCGCUUCCCAAGGGCCUCAAGAUGGUGAGGUGACUGAGUUCGUUGAGUGCGGCAAGGUGGUGGAGGUUGAAGUGGAGGGUGACUGGAAGCCUGCCGUUGUCGUCGGCAUGUUAGACUUCCAUCGAGUGACCGUCCAGUACCUGGGAGGGAACGAGCACUGCAGAGAGACUAUAGACGUCAGGACGAGGAGGACGAGGGAGGCGGCGGUUGACUCCAAGGAGGAUGGAGGGAGCACAGGGAUCCAGACUCUGUCGGACCAGCUCGGAUGGUGCCAGUCUGUGGCAAGGAGCGCAGCAAGGAGGGGGCGGUACAACAUCAUCGUGCCCCUGGUGGCGAGCGAGGCGGCAGUGGGUUGGAGGAGGAGGAGGGAGAGCAACGAGAGCUGGUUCGGGUCCUGGUCAAGCCCUGCGCGGACUGUAGUGAGGGGGCAGCUUCCGCGGGAUUUGGCCAAGUACAGAUCGCUGCUUGCUCUCCUGGUAGACCUGGAAUGUUGUCUGGAGGGAGCAGGAGGAGCGCUGAGCGGGAAGCACAGCGUCAUUGCUAUGAACCAUGUGAAGCGGCUCAGCGGGCAGUUGGAGGAGGACGAAGAGCUGGGAAGGAGGAUGAAGGCAGUGAUGGGGACACUGGCAACGAUGGCAGACGACGGGAUGCGCUACCUGUCAUCUAAAGAAGUGGCCCUCCUGCUGAAUUCGGUGACCAGCGUGCUGGAUGGCAGGGCGGAGUGCCCUGGGAUGAAGGAAGGGAAGGAAGGGAGGAAGCAGGAUGCAGUGGAGGAUGGGAGGCAGAGAGAGGGGGAGGAAGAGGAGGAGGGGAUGGGGACGUGUGUGUACAUGGGACUGUUUGAGAAGGCGUCGGGGCGCCUCAAGCAGCUGGAGAGGAUCGGGAAGAAGCACAGGGAGGAGGGAGUGAGGAGGGAGGAAAAUCCAGGAUACAUCUCGAUGCAGGCAGCAGCGAUGAUUCUGCACGCCUUUGCUCAUGCCGAGAUCAUUGACGAGGAGCUGUUUCAGAUUCUUGCGCAGGUGAGAGGAGGGAAAGAGGAGGAGGUGGUGGUGGUUGAGGAUGUGGUGGAGGAUGUGGAGGAGGAGGAAGACAAGGGAAGGGGAUGCCUCAUCAGCUGUUCCGCUCCUCCCCGACCGGAUCCUGACGUUUCCCGCUCCUCUCAGAACAUCCGGAGGAGCAUGCAGGAGGGAGAGUUCACCUCCCACUCCGCAUGCCUGAUCUUCUCCGCCUACGAACGGCUCAAGAUCGAGGACCCAGAGCUCUUGAAGCCGCUGAUUUCGGUCGUUGACUUCCUCUCCCUCCCUGAUGCGCCUGACAAGCUGCAGCUGAUCAUGGAGGGAAGGGUCCGGAUCCCCGACCAUCGCACUCUGGCGGCCGUCCUGUCGUCUUCAUGCCGCAGCGGCCUCCUCCAAGUCGAGCUGCUGGAGUUCACAGCUCGCUACCUGCAGCAUGCCAAGGGCAAGACGCUCGUGCUGUUCGACGCGGUCAAGAUGCUGCAAGCCGUCCUGUCGCACCAACUCGUGGGCGCGUCGUCAGCUGGCGGAAAGGAGAGGGAGCAGCGUGCUGCGCAGACAUGCUUGUCUUGGUUUGUUGACGAGAUCAUGCACGGCGAUAUGAAGCUUGACAACCCUUCGUCAUGCUCCAUCCUCUGCUUGCUCCUCUCCCGCGCUUACGAUGCGAGAUGGAUCAGCAGAUCGCAGCGGGACAGGAGCAUCGACCUCCUCUGCUCCGCCACUGAGAAGAUCGGAAGGCGCUGCUCGCACGCCGUGAGCUCGCAGGACAUUGUUCACUUCAUGACGGCUCUCACGAGAUCGGAGACAUGGGGGCAUCCCAUCUGGACCUUCAUGCUCGACUCUCUGCCAGAGAAGAUAGCGAGAGAGUCCUCCGUCAGGGUCCUCUCCUCCCUCUUCCACCUCGUAGCCUGCAGGUACGAGAACCUGGGUAGGGAGAAAUCGCAAACAGAGACAAAGAUUCUCCGAGUCUUGCAAGCUCUGUCCUCCACAGCUCAGCGGGCGGCGGCGGCGGAGUUCUCCGACGCCAGCAUUGCGGUGCUGAACUUCAUCAUGUCCAUGGCAAGAUGUCAGUUCAGAGACGAGAGUCUCCUUGCUCAUUUCUCAAGCGUGUUCUCGACCGAGCAAGUCAGCGGCAUGUUGAGAUCCUUUGCAUACCUCAACUACCAGGACGACGAUGUCAUUAACCUCCUCGUCCACUACAUCUCCUCCUCAUCCGACCACACCAACCAGACCAUAACCCCCCAGCUCGUUUCCAACACGGCAUGGGCAGCAGCUAUCAGCGGGAACGUCUCUCCCGUCACUAAGCAAGUUGUUUCCUGCAUGAAAGAUCUAGGUCUGCGAGUACAGGAAGAGCAUGUCGAUUCUUCUACCGGCUACUCAAUUGACGCUCUCGUCGAGAUUCCAAGGAUGAACAAGGGAGGAGGAGCGGGGGGAGCAGGGGGAGAGAUUUUCUGUGCUGUAGAGGUGGACGGCCCCUCCCACUUUCCUCGCAACGAUUAUGUGCCGCUGGGAGGAACUGCACUCAAGAGAAAGCAGCUGCGGAAGAUUGGGUACAGAGUUGUUUCCAUCCCUUACUGGGAAUGGGAUGCUCUAGACGUCGAUGGGGAUGUGAAAGCUGAGCAUCAGGCGCGCAAGGACUAUCUGAUGAAGGUGCUGCAAGAGCCAGUCGAUCAUGUGGAGCUAACUUCCUGGAACAGGUCCUUUCCUCCGCAGCUCAAGUACCAACCUAUCUAUUUGUGUGAGGAAAGGUACAACAGGAUCUCAAUGUCUCAGCAUAAGACUGUGGGAUAG